AUAAAACCGUUGGCGGCUGGAACUGAUGGCAAACCCCUCGGCUUAACCCGGAUUAAACCCUAGCCAGCGAGCGACCUUUCCCCAUGCCGCUCCCUUCCUCCUCCUCCGCCGCCGCCGUCGCGGCCGGGCCGGCGGCGUCCCCGCUCGCCGCCCGAAGCCGGGGCCGCCUCCUUCGCGCGCGCUCGGGCCACGCCGCCGUGAGGUGCCAGAGGGUCGAUCCUGUGAGGCUGAGGGCGGUCAAUGGAUCACCCCCCUGCGUUCCCCUGUCCGACAGGUCGCCGUGGACCCCUGCGACGAUGCCGAUUUUCGGGGACGCAAACAUCAGGAAGGACGACACGAGGCUGCGCAUCUUCUCAGGAACGGCUAACCCCUCGCUCGCCCAGGAAAUAGCAAGCUACAUGGGUCUAGAACUUGGGAAGAUCAACAUAAAAAGGUUUGCUGAUGGCGAAAUAUAUGUUCAGUUACAAGAAAGUGUAAGGGGCUGCGAUGUGUUCCUUGUGCAACCAUCAUGCCCUCCAGCAAACGAGAAUCUCAUGGAGCUACUCAUCAUGAUUGAUGCAUGCAGAAGAGCAUCUGCUAAGAAUAUUACUGCAGUCAUCCCUUAUUUCGGUUAUGCCAGGGCUGACAGGAAGUCUCAAGGUCGUGAAUCUAUAGCUGCAAAGCUUGUAGCUAAUAUGAUUACUGAAGCUGGUGCAAACCGUGUCCUUGUUUGUGAUCUUCAUUCAAGUCAGGCCAUGGGAUAUUUUGACAUCCCAGUAGAUCAUGUUUAUGGCCAGCCGGUGAUUCUUGAUUACCUCGCCAGCAAGACAAUUAGUUCAAAUGACUUGGUGGUGGUGUCGCCCGAUGUUGGAGGUGUUGCCAGGGCACGCGCUUUUGCCAAAAAGCUAUCAGAUGCACCUCUAGCGAUUGUAGAUAAAAGAAGGCAUGGACACAACGUUGCCGAGGUAAUGAAUCUUAUUGGAGAUGUUAGAGGAAAAGUGGCCGUUAUGAUGGAUGAUAUGAUUGAUACGGCAGGAACUAUUGCCAAAGGAGCUGAGCUGCUGCAUCAAGAAGGAGCAAGAGAAGUAUAUGCAUGUUGUACACAUGCUGUUUUUAGCCCACCAGCCAUCGAAAGAUUAUCAAGUGGUUUGUUUCAAGAAGUAAUCAUCACGAACACUAUCCCUUUAAAGGAGGAGAAGAAUUUCCCGCAGCUGACCAUUCUUUCAGUCGCGAACCUUCUAGGCGAGACUAUCUGGCGUGUUCAUGAUGAUUGCUCGGUUGGCCAUGCGCCAUACUCCACCUUGGAUAUCGACUGACGCUUGUGUUCCACUCGCGACGCUUCCGUCCACCGAGGGCCCUCGUUUCAUGCCUAGGUGAGAACGGGUGCCAUAGAGGGUCGACCUGCCGUGGUGUCAACAACAACUAAUACAGUUGAUAGACGAGAUGCCCAAGUGAUAAUGAGCAGAAUGUACUCUUUCUUAAUGCAGGAAUAGUUGUACAAGUGCCCUUUUUUUGGAUGUUCUCCUCUUUGUUUUGUGGAAUAAGGUCUGUUAGCAGGGAAAAAGAAUGUUGACUAUGUGUAUGAGUGUGGUAGUAUAUCAGAUGGAAGUUUGAACUGUGUAUAUAGGCCCGCUUAAUCCCAGCCGUUCCUCUUUUUUCCUUUUACCA